GUAACAUCACUGGUUGUAGCAUCAGUCACUGUGGUAGUAGCAUCAGUGGUUGUAGCAUCAGUCACCGUGGUAGUAGCAUCAGUGGUUGUAGCAUCAGUCACUGUGGUAGUAGCUUCAGUGGUAGUAGCAUCAGUCACUGUGGUGGUAAUAUCAGUGGUAGUAGCAUCAGCCACUUUGGUGGUAACAUCACUGGUUGUAGCAUCAGUCACUGUGGUAGUAGCAUCAGUUGUAGUAGCAUCAGUCACUGUGAUAGUAGCAUCAGUGGUUGUAGCAUCAGUCACUUUGGUAGUAGCUUCAGUGGUAGUAGCAUCAGUCACUUGGUAGUAGCAUCAGUCACUGUUGUUGUAGCAUCAGUGGUAGUAGCUUCUGUGGUAGUAACAUCAGUGGUAGUAGCAUCAGU